AUGUCGGGUAACAUGCGAACACAAUCUUCAAUACUCGAUCUAAACGAAACUUUGAAUGAAAGUGACCGGAGCUUAAAUCUGCGUGAGAUGUAUAAUUAUGAAUAUUUUGAACGAGAUUAUAAUCAUGGCCAAUCAUCACAGCUUGAAUUGAUGGACAAUGCUAGAACAUCUUCAAAUAUUCCUCUGUCAUUGAAUUUUAACGCUAUCGACCAUUAUCGGGAUAAUGUCAUGCGAGAUCAACAUGUUGUUGCAGAAGAUAUUGAAAAUGGUGAUCAAGCAAAUUAUGGCUUUGUUGAUGAAUGGCAAUUCGAACACCAUGAGGGAGUUAAUGAACGGAUUUUCAAUUAUGUGUUUUGGACGUUUAAGCCAUGUGUUGAUGGCUUUCGUUAUUGUCGGCCAGUGAUAUUAAUAGACGGAACACAUGUAUAUGGUAAGUAUGAUAUCAAGUUGUUGAUUGCAGUUGCAGCGCAUGAAAGUCUUGAUACAUGGACCAAGUUUCUGAGUGAUUUGCAUCAACAUGUUAUGCGUGGUCGUCAAGGUAUUACAUUGAUAUCUGACAGACAUCACGACAUACUUGGAAGUGUUUCUACCGAGCAUAACUGGCAAGCUUCUUUUGCCUAUCAGCGUUAUUGCUUAAGGCAUUUGAAGGCCAAUUGUCAAAGGACUUAUAAAAGUGUUCGACUGAACAAUCUACUAUGGGCUGCUGCAAAUGCUACCCAAGAGAAAAAGUUUUUGUUACAAAUGGAAUUAAUCAAGGAGACACACUUUCCAGCAUACGAGUGGUUGAUGAAUAUUGACUUAGAAAAAAGAACCAUACACAAGGAUAAUGGGAGGAGAUGGGGUAUGCUCAUAACAAAUAGCUCCGAGUCAUUUAAUGGCAUGCUAAAAUCCGCUAGAGGCCUACCAGUGACUGCAAUGGUCAAAAUGCCAUAUAGUAUGAUUGUGGAUCGUUUUGUUCAGAGAUCAAAGUAUGCAAAACAACUAUUGACUGACAAACAAAAAUGGAUGCCAAAUCCAUUCAAAAAAUUUGAGGAAUACAGGAAAAAGGCAUCGAUGCAUAGUAUCCAAAAUUAUCUUGUAACAGAUAAUAUAUUUGAAGUGAGGACAUUCAACUCCCAUCAUGGAAAGGGUGGUAAUAAGCAAAUUGUUAAUGAGACACAAAGAGCAUGUACAUGUGAAAAAUGGCAGUCAAAUCACUUUCCAUGUUCUCAUAUCAUUAGGGUGUUCGAAUUUGUUGGUAAUCCUGCAUGGGAUUAUAUUGCAUUUGAAUUCUCUAUGGCUUGGUACAAAAAAGCUUACUCUGGGCAGUUGAUUCCACUUGGUGACGAAGACUAUUGA